AAUAAAUGGAUAAUCACAGUAAUAAUUAUAACCAAAUUAAGUUACACAUUGAUAGAAUAUUAUAAAGCAGCUAUAAUAGAUUGUAUUAUAAAAAACGAUGACAGAGAAUAAAAAUAUCUCACAAGAUACUUCGUUCGAUACGUUUCCCAAAUUGGAGAGGUUCUCUAAGAAAACCCAGUGACUUGGCAAACAACAUUAACUAUGAUAACAUCACCAACGUACCGGUGAUAUUAUCAACGACGACCACCAGUCGACGUCAGCGGUGAAGAGACGGGGCGAAUUAUUUUCACGCGAAAGACAAAGAGGAGAAGAGAGAAAGAGAAAGUGAGGAACCGAUUGUGAGAGAGAGAGAGAACAAAGGCAAAUGCCGCGAAAGGCGCCGGCGCGGCGCGCAGACGCCCGGCGUCCCGACGCCGCUACCCCUCGGGCCGGCUUCGAAAACCCCACCCUGUCGCCACCCCGGCGAGAUCGCAGCAUGAGGGGGAUCGCCAACCCCGCUUCCCUGCCGCGGCGACGUCCGCCCCUGGCCCUGGGGUGGCCGUCCUAGGAUCGUAAUGUUAUGCCGACGGGGAGCAGCUUCCAUCCCGCACGAAUCCACCGCGUCCUUCGCGCUUCCUUCUCGCACUCCGGCGACGGGGGUUUCGCGAGUUUCCGGCGCGCCAGUUUCCCGCACGUAGGUUUUCCGCGCGCGAGUUCCGCGCGCGCUCGCGGAGAAUGUCCCUCCCCCUCCCGUCGAAUUUCCGUCUGGCGGUCGCGUAGAUCUCCCCGCGAGGAGAUCUCUUUCGACAGUUUCCCUCUCGCGAAUUCGAGAGAAUCCCGCUCGGAAGUUGCGUCCGUCUCUGUCGGUUGUAAGUUUCAUCAAUGGCGGGUUCGCUUGAUCGUUAGAAAAGUGUGAGAGAGGUGUGCUCUCUAAACCCUCAAAGCAAAUUCAAAGCUGUGAUCGGUAUUGUGACGUGCUAAUGUUUUGCAUCUUUGAACCCGACUGAAGGAAGGAGCGACGUGAAAGGAUCAAGAAAUCUAACGAGGAUGCUGUACUUUGAGAACAGGAUGAACUGAGCAUGAUUGAUGAUCGCAACGACUGCCUGGUCGGUUCGAGGCAGCCGGGCGUCGUCGUCGUCGUCGUCGUCGUCGUCGUCGUCGCCGUCGGAGCGCCGGAAUAUCUGGGGUUGGAGCCGCGCCGCGACCGAACCGAACCCUGGGAAAGUUAGCAGGUCCAAGAUGAUCGCGAUUUAGAUGAAAAUAACCAAGCGGGUGUAAUUUUGGCCGCGGGUGCUUCGUCGCCGGCGAGCGGAGUGAAGCGAGGGACGGCCGCCACGCGCCAGCGGGACUCGCCGUCGCAUUCCAACUGUUUAACCGAUUAAAGAAUGCAACGUCGACAUGCAACGUCGUAACGGGGCGCGUGAAGCGAGAUGCUGAAGGAAGUCGGCUGCGGCAGCACCACACCCCCGCCGGGAGACGGCGGCGGAGGGACGAACGGUCGGCAGAUCGGCGCGAACGAAGGCGGCGGCGGCGGCGGCGGUGGUGGUGGCGGGGGUGCGGGAGGCGGUGGCGGCGGUAUCGCCGAGGGUGUCCUCGGCUGCGGCGGCUGCGGAAGGGAGAUCGCCGAUCGCUGGUACCUAAGGGCGGCCGAUCGCGCAUGGCACUGCGGCUGCCUGCGCUGCUGUCACUGCCGGGUCCCCCUGGCCGCCGAGCUCACCUGCUUCGCCAGGGACGGUAACAUUUACUGCAAAGACGAUUACUACAGAUUAUUCGCCGUGUCCCGGUGUUCCCGAUGUCGCGCCGGCAUUUCCGCCUCGGAACUGGUGAUGCGAGCGCGCGACCUGGUGUACCAUGUGGCGUGUUUCAUUUGCGCCUCGUGCAGCACCCCGCUGAACAAAGGCGAUCAUUUCGGCCAGCGGGACGGACUGGUGUAUUGUAGACCACACUACGAGUUGCUGUGCUGCGCCGGCGAUUACGGGGGUGCCGCCGGCGGCAUCGAGGACCUCGGCUCGCCGGGGGUGUCGCCGCUCCCGGCCUACUACGAGCAGAACCCAAUCGCCGCUUCCGGCACGGUGCAGAAGGGCCGGCCGCGGAAGCGGAAGCUGUCGGAAAUCACCGGCUCCGAGCUCCCCGUCACGAUGAGACUGGCCGCUGGAGCACUCGAGCUGCUGCAUCCCACGGAGCUGUCCUCGUCGAUGGAGUCGCUGGCCACGUACGACGCGGGCGUGGGAUCCCCGGGACCGGUGCACCAGAAUCAGCGGACGAAACGUAUGCGCACCAGUUUCAAGCACCACCAGUUGCGAACCAUGAAGAAUUACUUCUCAAUAAAUCAGAACCCGGACGCCAAAGACCUCAAGCAACUCGCGCAGAAAACCGGCCUGUCGAAAAGGGUGCUGCAGGUGUGGUUCCAAAACGCGCGCGCGAAAUGGCGACGGAACCUGAUGCGGCAGGACGGCGGCAACGUCGGUAGCAACGUCGGCUGUUCCGGGACGGCGGUGUCCUCCAGCACCGGCAAUUCUCCAAACGUCGGGCCGGCCGCCAGUAUACUCGGCGACAGCAACAGCAUGCCCUCGACCUCGAUGGAGGAGUUGCACGCCCUUCAUCAUCUGCAUUCAGGCGUCUCCUCUCAGGUCUCCUUUUCCGACCUCUAUUGACGACGGCUUGAAAUGGAGGAGGACGCUUACAGCAGUCUCUCCAGCCAUCUUGGAUGAAGAAUUACUCGCGCUUCCUCGUGAAUUGACUGAACCGAGGAAAAACCCUCGGCAAGUCGAUGACACGCGUCCAUCCGUGGUCUUAGCAAGAAAUCCCGCUGACGCGCGUCGCCGACCGUGGCAACGGUUGUUAUUUAAGCCUGGGCUUUCUUUCAAAGGUUCUAGUAGAGUACGAUCUUUGCCGUGCCAAUCUUGAGAACUGACGUUACUUGAACUUCGCGAAAGCCGAAGUAGUUUUAAUCCCGCGCGGGGACAAAGCUUUGGUUACGCAAAAUCGAUCAAGAUUAAGCAUUUGGGCCUUUCAAGAUUCGGACAGAAACGUGUCGACGGACUUAAUGGAAGGAAGUGAACUCGUCGGAGGACUUUUCCCGAAGGCAGCCUAGUCAGGUAGAAUCUAUAGCGGGUAACUUCGAGAACGAUUAUGAUUAAAUAAUCAGUGAUAAUAAUCAUAGUUCCAUGCACAUCCGAAUUACCAAAGUUUACUAGACGAGAAUAAUAAUAAUAAUGUAAUCUAGGUACGUAUGCAAAGAGGGUAUAUCAUUAGCGAUUAUAUCGAUAAUUACGACGGAGUUUCGGACACCGUUCGACAUAUGGGGUGUUCCAAAAGGAUAUACUAUGGUAAACACGUGUCUAAAAAAACUUGGAAGAAUUCCUUCUUAAUAAACUUUUAAUACGCAAAUGUAAUGCUUUUAAUUUUGAUGUUUUAAUUAUAAUUUGAAUGUCACGCUUAUUUGAAAAUUGAAAAUUUAAGCAUUAAAACAAUUUUUUUCACGGUCCAGCGAGCAUUUCUAAAAAUUUAAAAAUUUAGGCGUAUAACGACAAAAAGAUUCAAGAAUCUAAAAAAAAAGCUUUUAUAUGUCUCCAAGAACUCAUGAAAGGACAUUUUAAUAUAUCAAAUAAUUUCUUAACGUUUUUGGCGAUAUGUGCAAAUUUCUGCAAGUUUCGAGAAAAUCGUACGAUGAAUUUUUGAAUUUAUUUAAAUUGUACGACUUUGAGAUAUAUUAAUGCUCUCAAAUUAAAAGGUCAUAAUUAUGAAACUGUUUAGAACACCCUAUGGAAUGUUGCAAGGAGGGUUAAAUUAAAUAAAGACUCGCCCAUGCUGACGGACACGUACGUUACAUGUGCAAUUACGUAGGGAGAGUAUUUAAUUUGUCCUUGUUGAUUUUAUACGAGACUUCGCGCGCGAUUAACUUUUAUCGGCUUUGCGUUGUUGCCAAUUGGCCAAAGCUAAUCAAUUAAAUACCCAUUAACUGAACUCAUAAUCAAACGAUGAUAAUCGUCAAUAUAUACGUUAACAGCAGUUUCAAUAAAAUAUUAAGAAAAAAGAUAUAAUCUGGUGAAAUUGUCUUUGUAUAAAAGGUAAAAAUCACAAGAGAGAAUUGAGUCCGAUGAACAAAAGUAUGCGAAGCUCCACAGAAAUUUAGGCGAGUAUCUACGAAUUUUAUAUUAGCAGCGUAAACGUACGAAAGUUUUUCUUAAAAAGAAAGGAAAGAGAAAAAAAAACGGCGUUCCUCUGCUCGUGCCAAGAAACUUAGCUAAGAAAAAUUUUUUAACGAGCUGCUGGAAUUCAAAGGGCAUAAUAUAUUUUUGCAAACCGCGGUUCGGGUUAUCGCGUGCCAUUCGGAGGAAGAGAGAUUUCGCCUUGAUCGAGCCUUUCACGUUAUGCGUUCUUGCAUUCACGUUUUCCCCUCCAAAUCGUCAUCUUUGAAUUCGAGCAGUACGAGGCACACACACUCACACACACAUAAACACACGUAUAUACGUGUUUUGACGCAAGUUUCAAUCCCGCGCGAUCCCGCGCACAUAAUGUGAUUGCGUAAUCAAGAUUAGAUUGUCACGUGCUCGUGAGACUUUAAUCAAGUUGAACUUUUUGGACAUGUGUAGCGCCGUCGUACAGGAAAGUAUUCAUUUAAUAUUUGUGUGUAUUUCAUAAAUUUACAUCCAACAUGUUUCUUUCAACGUUGGGAAGUUUGAAAUAUUUAGGAAUUAUGUUGAAGUUUAUUAAUUGACGACCAUUUCUUACGUUGAUUAACGUUGAUCAACCUUUUUCAGUUUUUCCUUCGGUCACUGAUAAAAGGGUUUUUACAUAAGAAAUAAAAGGGCUUUAUUUUGGUUCAUACUUUAAACAUUUAAUAUGCGUUUGAGAUGCUAAAUUGCAGCAAGAUUUUGCGAAAACUUGGAGUGUAUUGCGUGCACCAGCGUGGCAAUAUAAUUAUAACAAAUGGCCGAUAUUUAAAUAUUAAUUUAAUGAGAAACUUACAGAGUGUCUCCUUCGCAAAACUUGACAACACUCCAAACGAAAAUCGCAUUACAUAUCGUUCCCUUUGUAGACUGAUCUCUUUGUAUUUAUUUUCUUUAUUUCACCCGUUGAAAUAAAGUGAGUCCAAAUACUUUACGGGCAUCCUUCAUGACGUAUCUUGUCACGUAAUGCUCGGCAGGGAAAAUCGAUAGGUCGCACGUUAGAUAUGUGUAGCAUAGCGAUCAUUAAGCGUACAUGUUAAAGAGCGAAGCAAUUAUUUCCAACUCUAUAGACAAAUUAAUGUGCUACAUUCGAGUGCAACUAUUAUCACAUAAUAAAUAGUUACGUACGUCUCGACUCAGA